GGGGGGGGGGGGGGGGGGGGGGGGGGGGACUUCAGGAUUCACACACGGAGGGAUCGAUGGGGAGGAGGAUACUGAACGAAGCGUUAAGAGCGAUGGUGAAUGCGGAGCGGAGAGGAAAAGCAACGGUGGAGUUGAAGCCCAUAUCCACUGUCAUGUCUUCUUUUCUAAAGAUCAUGAAAGAUCGAGGGUACAUCAAGAAUUUUCAGGUCUAUGAUCCACAUAGGGUGGGGAGGAUAACAGUUGAACUGCAAGGCAGGAUUAAUGAUUGUCGGGCACUCACUUACAGACAGGAUAUCAAGGCAAGGGAUAUCGAAGGGUACAGAGUGCGAAUGCUUCCAACACAUCAGUGGGGUUAUGUUGUAAUCACAACACCAGAUGGUGUUUUGGAUCAUGAAGAUGCUAUUAAAAGGAAUGUGAGUGGACAGGUUCUGGGUUAUUUCCAUUAGACCCAAACCUUGUCUAUUUCAAUAGCUUGCCAUGGAAAGAUGGAAAGAGUUGCUCCAUAUGUAACAGCUUGCCUACGCAGGCAAGAAUUGUUUGUUAUCUUCCUUCUAAUUCAGUCUCUAAAUUUUUUAUGUACCGAUGAAGGAGAUGAUGGACAAACUUCUGUUUCUUCCUCUUCUUAAGUUUGUUGUUUGUUCAGUUAUGGAACUAGGACAUGUCAAAUUAGAUCUAUGCAGAACAUUUUUUGUUAUUGUUUCAGAAAAAUUUUUCUUAAUUUGACAGUUCAUAUAUGCUGAACCUGUAAUCUAUUCUCAA